GCGGCGGCCAUCUUGGCGGUGGCGGCGCCGGGGCCGGCGAUGAGCGGCUCGAAGCCCAGGGUGGCGGCGCCGGGAGCCUCGGGGCCGCUGAGCCGGCUGCGCGGGCGGAGCGGCUCCGGGGACGUGGCCGUGGCGCCGCCGCCGCCGGUGCGAGCCGUCCUGCCCCGCACCGAGGCGGAGCUGCUGGCGCUGGAAGUGAUCCGGCCCGAUCACGUCCUGGGGCUCAGCCGCGUUACGGAGAAUUAUUUGUGCAGACCUGAAGACAACAUCUACAAUAUUGACUUCACCAAGUUCAAGAUCCGGGACCUAGAAACUGGAACAGUGCUGUUUGAAAUUGCCAAACCUUCUGCUUUAGAACAAGAAGAUGACGACGACAAUGAAGACAGCGGAGAAGUUGACUCCAGCGCAGGGCGGUUUGUUCGCUACCAGUUCACUCCUGCCUUUCUGCGCCUCCGGACAGUUGGUGCAACUGUUGAGUUCACAGUGGGAGACAAGCCUGUAUCAAACUUCCGCAUGAUUGAGAGGCACUACUUCAGAGACUGCCUGCUCAAGAACUUUGACUUUGAUUUUGGCUUCUGCAUCCCAAACAGCAGGAACACUUGUGAACACAUCUAUGAAUUCCCUCAGCUUUCGGAGGACCUUAUCCGCCUAAUGGUCGAACACCCCUAUGAGACUCGCUCAGACAGCUUCUACUUUGUGGACAACAAGCUCAUCAUGCACAAUAAGGCCGACUACGCGUACAACGGAGGGCAGUAGCUGUCACAACUGCAUCCUUCAGACUUUGUGCUACUAAUAGCUAUUCUGGAUGCGCAGAAGGAGAGCAGAAGAGCCGAUUCCUGCUCCAUCGCCUCUCAUGAAACA